AUGGAUAAUACAGGUCAAUGGAAUAUAUCUUUGAUAGAUUAUGUUUUCACACCUGUGAUUUCAUCUAGAAUAAAAUCCAUAUACAUCAAUGUAGGAAAUCAGGAUAAACUUAGGUGGGAGGGAACUAAAAAUGGGGAACUCACUACUAAGUCAGCAUAUAGGAUACUGUCACAUGAACAUCAUGAUAAUGUAGAUAAAGUGUGGAACAAAAUAUGGCGCAUGAAAAUUAUCCCCAGAGUGAAUUUAUUCACUUGGAGAAUGGCGGCUGAUGUUUUACCUUUAAGAGAAAAUAUGAAUGGUUUUCUGAAACAUGUGAAUCCCUGUUGUGUGCUAUGUAAUGAUAAUCAACCAGAGACAUCAGCACAUUUGUUUGUACAUUGUGCUUUUAAGAGAGCGGUUUGGUUUGGAUUAGGAAUUCAGAUUACGAGUUACAAUGCGGAUUUCAUGAAUUGGAUUCGCAGUUGGUUUUCACCUGAUAAAUGGGAAUGGAAAGAAAUAUCUAGUAUUUGUUGGCAGGAAAAUACAGGGGGAAGAUGCGUAGAAAAAAGGAGAAAUAAAUGUAUUUCUGCAUCAAAUACAACUUCUGCAGAAGAUGCAAAACAUGAUAUUUUCUAUGUGGAUGCUUCAUAUGAUGAGGAUAAUGGUACUUAUGGGGUUGGAAUAAUUUACUGGAGGGAUAAUAGGAUUGCUGACAUUUCUUUUUUCUCAGGAACCACCACAGGACCAACAACUGCAGAAGGAUUAACAAUACAAAAAACAGUGCAAUGGGCCACACAGUUGAAUCUAAGCAACAUCAGGAUAAGAAUAGAUUGUAAGGAAGCUGUAAACUUUUUGAACAACAAGACAUCUUCGUGGGAAUGGAGAACAAGAACAAUACUGAAGGAUGUGUCUAAUUUUUUGGAUAAUCAUGUUAAUAUAGACUGUAAAUAUGUUAAUAGGGCGUGUAGCGGGGAGGCGGAUACGCUGGAAAAAUGGAGUCGAAUUAGAAAAAAGUGUUUUGUAUCUAAUGACUAG